CUGACAAGGUGGAAACAUUUAGGAAGUUGUGAGCCACCGCUAGCCUCGAUUGCUGUUUGGUGAUGAUGCCCUCAGUGUUUGGACGUGUAUCCAUUAGUCCUCGUGAAGGACCUCAACAGAAAUGAGUAAAGACGAUGCACAAAUUGAAAUGGACCUGGCUUUUGGAUCAAAGCCCUACGGGUCCUCCAGAAGUAUUGUGAGGAGAAUAGCUACAAGUCUUCCUCUUAAACCCUGCCCCAGGGUUCAUUUUCAGCUCUAUCCAUACUCUGAGGAUACUGGUGUCCUGAUUAAUUCCAGGAGGCAGAACGGUCUUGUAGCCUCUCUCGCUGAUGUUUCCUGGAUCGACCAGGACGACGAGGAGGAUGAUGAAGACCGCUUUGGUAGAUUGAGAUCAGGGAUCCAAGCAGGACUUGUGUUUCGAUCCCACCAGCCUGACCCUCAGAGAAAACCCUUAACCCGCCAGAGGUCCUUACCAAGCCUGCAUCAGGGGGCUCCUGACCCCCAGGGGCAGACGACUGUCAAUGAUGAGGCCAUUCAGAAGAUCAGCGCACUGGAGACUGAACUUGCCAAACUCAGAGCUCAGAUAGCACAAAUCGUACUGGCGCAGGAACAGAGCACACAGCCAGCUGCUACCACAGGGGCACCUCCUCUUGCCGCUCCCCCACCUCCUCCCCCACCCCCUCCACCACCACCACCACCACCACCCCUAGGUCUCCAGCGGACAUUUUCAGCCAUUGACUUGAUAAAGGAGCGAAGAGGGAAGAAGACAGAAGGCCAGACUGUUUUAGAAUCAAAGGUGGCAGAAAUCCCCAACAUGCUUGAUGUUCUGAAAGACAUAGGCAAAGUCAAGUUGCGAUCUGUCAAAAGUCGUCCAGGUGAUGGUCAGGCCAAACUAAAGGCCAGCGAUCCGACAGAUGCUGCAAUGCUCAUCGCUGAGGCCCUGAAACGCAAGUUUGCCCAUCGUUAUCGACACGACAGUGGACAAGAAGACACAGAUGAUUUCAAACUCCCAGAAGUCCCAGAAGUGAAACCUCGAACCGAAACCCCUUUGUUUGGGCAGCACAUGUUGAAAUCAUCUGGAAGGAGGAAGUUGCCCUAAACAGCUGACUGUUCAGAACUUGAGGUUCUGUGGACACUUUAAAGUGCCUUAUCCACUUUUUCCAUAUGAGCUGUUCAUAUGUGGAAGAAGGGAUUCUGUCUGAACCAGAGAACAGGCCGCUCCCAGCAUCAGUCAUCUCAUAGUGUUGCAUCCGAUGGUCAUCCCGACCAUCUAUUUUUGCACUUUUAUAACUAAUAUUAGCUUUCUGUUUUACAAACAUGAUUUAUUUUUAUUUAACUCAUGUUCCUUCUCAUCACGGUCCAGAAUGAAAGCAACAGAGGCACACACGUGCACGUUUAAGCAAUAGUAAGAAAUAUUAUUAGUUUUGUUGUUCAGUCUUUGUUUAGGUUUGUUGCUCAGCUUUUAUUUCCCACAUCUGAGGGGUCUGUGAAAGCUGAAGUUGUUCUACCACUGAAGAAAGCUAGCACUUUCUUCAUGGAAUAUUGUGCUGUAUUGUUAAUAUAUAUGGGCUAAUUUAAGAUGACAAUUUAUUUAUGUUGUGGUUAAGUAAUCUUGAUCUUAACACUAAUUAUGUCCUAGAUUAAUCCGUUAUUAAUUCAAGGUGUUCCCUUUCUUAAGUCAUGUCCUAGUUACCUGUUUUGCCAGGGGUUAUGUUUUUUAUUGGUUCGGAUACGUGAAUUCUGAUUUUAUUUGACAUUAUUUAUCUCUUCACUGCGGUCCAAGUUUAAAAGCCAAAGACAUUCCAGUGGUGUUCUGAGAGAUUCAGCCCUUCACUGCCAAUUUUUACCUGUUGUGUCCUUUUUCCUUUUUUUUAAUUCAAAGUUUGGAAGAUGCUUAGAUGGUGAGGAAAACAGAUACUGUAGCUGUAAAGGAGAGUUCGUAUUUCUAGGUCAACGUGUACGGGUACACAUGCAAUAUAUUGUUGUAUCAGUACCUCCAUAUGAUAAGAUUAGCCUUUUAUCACAGAACACUUAAACCUUUUGACGCAGUUAAGCAUCAUGACAAAAGAAUGAUUGCAGUCAUGUUUAUAAGAACAAAUCUUGUGUCCUGCAGCCCUCACUGUUAUCAGUCUCCUUAAGGUGCAAUGCUUUCUUGCCAGUAAUAUCACGUUUUUAUGCCUCAGUUUAAAAAUGUGACACUAAACUUACUGACUCCGUCAUGUGGAGUUUUAGGUUCGAAGUGACUGACACAUCUGUCAAUUCUGAUCACUGUUAAUGCCAGUGUAGUUGCUGCUUCAAGUCAACUGUUAUUAGAUUUUAUAAGGGACAGUGGACUGUGUGUCAGUUAUCAAGUGAUUUAAAUUUACUAUUCAAAACUUUGUAGAAGAAUUCAUAAAAAUGACUUAACUUGAAUUGUCAAAUCUCUAAAUAAAAGUUUGUGUCCUGACA